AUGUUCAAAAGCUCACCAUUUUAUCCUAAAUCUGAUCAAGCAAUGGUCACAGCUAGGAGUGCUGAACUACAUGUUUUAUCAUUUUUAUGGUUUGCAUCUAAUAAAUGUGCUUUGCGUGAUGUUGCUAGCCGGUUCGGAUUAUCCUUAUCGUCACAAUUUAGGAUUAAUGACCGAGUAAUGGAAUUUCUGAUAAAAAUUGCUCCAAGUAUAAUUAAAAUGCCAAAAUCUGAUGCUGAAAAAGAAUCAGUGGCUAAAGACUUUAAAAUGAUAGCUCUUAUUCCUCAUGCACUGGGUUGUAUCGAUAGCACAUCAAUAACAAUUAGAACACCAAAACAUAAAGUAAAAUCUACUUAUGUUAAUCGCCAUGAUAUACCAGCAAUUACCUUACAGGGAAUAUGUGACAGUAAAAAGCGCUUUUUAGAUGCCUUCACUGGACCUCCUGGUAAAAUCCAUGACGACCGUGUUCUUAAAUUAUCAGGAGUUCUUGAUUGGCUUCCAAGGUUGUGCAAUGAAAAAUAUUACCUAUUGGGAGAUGGAGCCUAUCCUUUAAGACAGUGGCUCAUUACACCUUACAGAAAUAUUGGACAUUUCACAGAAUCACAAAAACAUUUUAACAAAAAAUUCAGUGCCACUUGA